AUGGAUAUUGCUUUUCACCCCGGCAAAAAUGGGACUGAUCCCUGGGUAGAGUUCUACCCCUACACGCCAUCUGCCACGGCUGGAUAUGCCUUUAUGGGAAUCUUUGGGGUUUCAACCCUUGUGCACAUCGUAUUGAUGUUUCCCUUCCGUGCUGCCUAUUUUAUCCCACUUGUACUAGGAGGAAUUUGCGAGACAUUCGGCUACUACGGCCGAGCAUGGUCACACCAGUCUCGAUUUGAUAUCAAGUCAUGGUCCUUACAGGAGAUGCUCAUUCUAUGCGCACCGCCUCUUGUGGCAGCCACCGCCUACAUGGUUCUCGGCCGCAUUAUCCGCUCCUUCGGCGCUGAACAUCUUUCAAGCAUGCGCCCCAAAUGGCUCACCUUCGUCUUUGUUAUGAACGAUGUUCUCUGCUUUUGUACACAAUUGGGAGGUGCCGGUGUCCAAGUCACCGGGGACGAGCAGGUGAUGAAAAUUGGCAAAAAGGUCGUUUUGGCUGGCUUGAUCUUCUCCUUGGUUGUCUUUGCCUGGUUUAUUCUGAUUGCGGCCAAAUUUCAUCGACGUCUUCAGCAAACGCCUACACCUCUUCUCAAUCAGAAUCCCGAUCUACCCUGGCAGCGAUACAUGUGGGCAAUCUACAUUUCUUGCUUUGCUUUGAUGCUGCGCAACCUGGUGCGGACUAUUCAAUUUGGAGCCGGUCAGAAAACCGAUGUCAACAGCAAGGAGGUCUAUAUCUAUGUUUUUGAUGCCUUUUUGAUGUUUUUUACCAUGUUGGUAUUGACCAUUUAUCAUCCGGGUCGGCUUAUCAAGAAGGCUCGUCGCCUAACGAAGACUGGUCUUACGGAAGAACGGAAUUCUGCGCUGUUGAAUGAAUGUGAGAUGGGCGAGGGCAUGCCGAUCAAGUACUGA